AGUUGCCUUAUCGACGGCCAUCGGGCUGGGUGUACCUACACUUGUUAAUUUAUUUUUUUUUUCGGCUUACUCAAAAUCCAAGUGCUGUCGGAGACAUGGCAACCAGUGGCUAUCGAUUUGUGGGUUUUCUGGCCAUGAUGAUGGUCCUCAUGGUGGAGGCUGCAGAUAAGGAGGGCUUUCCCGUAUCCAUCAUCCACAUAAACGACCUGCACGCCAGGUUCGAGCCCACGGACACCUCCGGCGGGACCUGCGAUGAGGGCGAGGAGUGCAUCGGCGGAUAUCCGCGCACCGUCUACACCGUGAGGAAGCUCCUCCAGGAGCAGGCGGACCUCAAUCCCAUAUACAUCAAUGCCGGCGACAGCUUCCAGGGAACGCUCUGGUACAACAUCGGUCGCUGGAACGUCACCCAGCAGCUCCUGAACAUCCUGCCCGCCGAAGCCAUGACCCUCGGCAAUCACGAGUUCGACCACGGAGUGGAGGGUCUUGUGCCCUUCCUGGAAACAGUGGAGACCAAUAUGCUGGUGGCCAACAUGGACUGUGCCCACGAGCCCACCUUGGAGGGCAAGUACAACAAGUCGAUGAUCAUUGAGCGGUCGGGUCGAAAGAUUGGCCUGAUUGGGGUUAUCCUGGAGACGACCUACGAUCUGGCCAAUACCGGCAAGGUGAUCUUCCGAAACGAGAGCGAUACGAUUCGCGAGGAGGCGCAGCUGCUGAAGGCCCAGGGGGCCAACAUCAUCAUCGUGAUCUCACACUGUGGCUACGAUGUGGAUAAGGAGAUCGCGGCCAAUGCCGGCGACUGGAUCGACGUCAUCGUGGGCUCCCACUCGCACACCUUUCUCUACACCGGUGAUCCGCCGGGUCCGCACAGCGCCGCCGGCGAUUACCCCACCCAGGUGAUCCACAGCUCCGGCCACCGCGUCCUCAUCGUUCAGGCCUCGGCCUAUGCCCGCUACGUGGGCAACCUGAUUGUCUACUUCGAUGACAACGGCGAUGUGCUGGACUUCGAGGGAGAUCCGCUCUACAUGGACCAAUCCGUGCCCGAAGAUGAGGAGGUGCUCGAGGCCAUGGCGCCGUGGAAGGUGACGGUCGAUGAAAUGGGCAAGGUGGUGGUGGGCACCACCAAAGUGGACCUCACGAAGGACGAUUGUGCCGCCGGAGAGUGCAACCUGGGCAACUACUUCUGCGACGCAAUGGUGCAUUCUUUCGUGGGAAUGGCUCCCUUUGAACAGAAGGCCUGGACAAAUGUCUCUGCCGGACUCAUGAAUAUCGGAGGACUCCGCGUGCCACUCAACAGGGGCAGUCUUACGUACGCCCAUAUAAUCAGUAUGUCGCCCUUCGAGAACACCCUGGUAUCCUACAAUCUGCCGGGCAGCAAAAUAGUGGAGGCAAUGGAGUGGGCCGUUAGCAAGGUGGACCUUGAGAACGGGGUGACCGGAUCGUACAUCAACCUGCAGUUCUCGGGCAUUCGGGUGAAGUACGACUACACCAAGCCCGUCGGAUCGCGGGUUGUGUCCGUGGCGAUGCGUUGUGCCGACUGCGAGGUGCCCAAGUACGAGCCCCUGGUAUCCGACCAACUAUAUCGCCUCACAUCGCCCAACUUCCUGCAGGCGGGCGGCGAUGGGUACACCAUGCUCGCCGAGGGCACAGAUCUCCAGUAUGGAGUCACUGACUUGGAUGCCCUGAUCUCGUACACCGAACAUCUUAAUCCCAUCUACCAGGGUCUCGAUGGACGUAUCACCGUGCUCAACUAAUCACUGCACUACAAAAUAAAUUGUGCUGCCAAAUUUUUGCAUUUGUCCCAAUAAACUUUUCGGG